AAGAAGAACCCGGAAGUGACGUAGAGUGCGGAAUCAAAACAGUUAAAUUUGACAGCUCAGCUUCGUAUCGGUGAUAAAAUGCGAUGGGAAAUGUUACUGCAGGGGUCAGUAAUAAAUUAUAUUAUUUAAUUAAAGUUAUUAUAACCUGCGGGGAGUUUCUAACGAGCUGUGGAGGGAUGACAAUCAGAAGAAAGGGCUCUUUUGGCUAGUUUACCCCCCAGCUAGCUGCAGCUCUGCCUCUCUGGGUGUUAGCUUCCUCGGCUAACCAAAGCUGCUUCAUGGAGAUCUAUGGGCUGAACAUUACCUUAUAUAGGCCGACUACAGAGCUCCCUCCACGGUGAGAUGUAAACGGAGACUCGAGGAGGAGGCUGACUAAGAGAAAACACACACCGAACUUCAUCAUGUCAUCAGACCAGAUCAUCGCCAUCGUCAUGGAGGACAAAAUCUACGAGGUGAACAAAAAGAAGCUGAUCGAGAAGAGCGACUACUUCCGCGCCCUGUACAGCUCCGGGAUGAGGGAGUCCACGGAGGACUCUGUGCAGCUGCAGGGACUCAGUGUCCCAGGUCUGGAGCUGGUCCUGGAGUUCAUCAACACCUCAAAGGUCCAGGUUGUGAAUGAGACUCUGGAGGAUUUGAUCGAGACCGCCUCCUUCUUACAGGUCACCUCCAUCCUCAAGCUCCUCACCUCUGAGAUCCGCCUGGACAACUGCGUGGAGCUGUACACCCUCUCUGAGGUCUACGGGACCCACGAUCUGCGCCACGCCUGCCUCAAAUACAUGAGCUGCUACUACCACCCCAUGCUGAGGAGGCAAGAGUUCAGCAGCCUCCCCUCAGCUGUCAGAGACCAGGUCAGGGACAUGCGCAUGAAAGGCACAGCCACCCUGGUAGCCAUUGGGGACUUCACCUGCCUGUCCCUGGAUGUCCCGGAUCAGGAUGAACCCUGGUCCAUGCUGAGGUACGGUGAGGUGGAGCAGAGAUGGAAGCCACUUGCAAACAACCUUCCUCCUGAUAUGAUCAAUGUGAGAGGUUACGGGUCAGCUGUGCUGGAUAACUACCUGUUCAUCGUGGGAGGAUACAGGAUGACGAGUCAGGAGAUCUCAGCCGUGCACUGCUACAACCCCUGCAGGAACGAGUGGAACCAGGUGGCCCCGCUCAACCAGAAGAGGUCCAACUUCAAGCUGCUGGCGGUGCAGGGGAAGCUGUACGCUGUAGGGGGUCAGUGUCUGGGCACCGUGGAGUGUUACAGCCCAGAGCAGGACUGGUGGACCUGCGUGUCCUCGAUGCCCGACCCGCUGGCUGAGUUCUCGGCGUGUGAGUGCCAAGGGAUGAUCUACGUCAUGGGUGGAUACACUGCAAGAGACAGGAACACGAGCGUCCUCUGCUACUGCCCCACCUCCGACAGCUGGACUGUGUUUCGCUCCUGUCCCGCUCACAUCCGAAAGCAGCAGAUGCUCUCAGUGGAGGACACCAUCUACCUGGUGGGCGGUUACACCCACGAGCUGGAGCUGGCGCAGCGUCAGCGGCGGCCCAGCCAGACGGAGGACGUGCUGACGGUGCAGUCGUACAACGUCACCACGGGGGAGUGGCUCCAGCUGAAGGAGAACACGUCCAAGUCGGGCCUGAACCUGACGUGCACGCUGCACAACGACGGCAUCUACAUCAUGAGCCGGGACGUGAGCCUGCCCACCAGCCUGGAGCACCGCGUGUUCCUCAAGUACAACAUCUUCUCGGACGCCUGGGAGGCCUUCAGGCGCUUCCCGGCGCUCGGACAGAACAUGCUGCUGUGCUCGAUGUACCUCCCCAACCUGCUCUGACUCAGAGCCGAGCGAACACUAGGGGACAAAUUCCACCAGAUCCGUCUCCGGUGCGUCUCCGAUCCGUCACGGCACCAGAUCUGACAUUCUAGUUAACUUCCACUGGAUCUGAUCCUUUGCGCUCUGGCUGCGUCUCUGAUCCAGCAGGUCGGUGUCCUCCAGAUCAGAGAUGCAAGACUUCUAUUUGUGCCGGAUGCCGGAGCACGACGCAUCAAUCUCAACAGAGCAGAUGGAGCGAGACAGGAAGUCAGGUUUCACCAAAACAAAAUGAAAACAUCCGGUUAAUUUUCAGAAUAAAACACUCUGUGUUAUCACCAGAUCGUAUUUCACUUAACUACAACAACAAACCGUCAUGAUGAGCAGAGCCAGGCCUGGAGUCAACAGGUCAGAGGUUUUCAGAGGACCAGAAAGACAAUAUGGAUGAGGAGAGGAGGAGGAGGAGGAUCCUUGAUUCAGUGAUUACCGCAGGGAAAACCUCGGUCACAUGACUCCAGCUGUCAGGUGGUCCUGCAGCAGCGAUUGGAGACGGACCGGACACGGAUCUGGUGGAAGUCCCGUGUAACAGAGAGAACGGGCCCUGCAGCUUUAACACAGGCCAGCUCUGGUUGUUCCUGCACAGACUGGAACUCUGUGACAUUAGUGGGAACACGGUCUGGUUGCCAGGUUUGACCCCUCGUGACCUCUGUGCCUAUAACAAAAGCACUACUUUGUACAUACGGCUGUGGAUGCAAAUAUAAACGCUACAAUGACAACAAGUAUGAAAGAGACGACGCGCCAUGGCCCAGAAACAGGACCAGAGCAGCUGGCUCUGGAUUGUGCCUCUCAUGUGUUUAUGUUUAUGAUGCAUUCAAGUCACAGUCGUUAUUAUCAGCUCCUCUGAUAAAUAUUUACCCAGAGAGUUUAAAAUAAAGCCAGCAGGUUGUGAAGAACACUCAGUGCUCGUCUGGAGGUGUUACCAAGAUAAUCAGUCUCAUAAAUCCUCUAUCACUGCAGAAUUAAAGGAGCAGUACGUGAGAUCCAGACUUAUUGUAACUUAAAUAUGAUGUGUGUUUCCUUCAAUCACUCUGACAUGAGGGAAGUUUUUCUGCAGAGACUUAGCUCUGUAUGUCUUCAGAGGGAGGGAAUCUCCUCCACAGUUGACUGUGUUUCUGCAGUAGCUGAAAAACCCGGGUCCAAGAGCAGGACUUGUACAUUUUUGAGGCGGGACAAUUGACAGAGCCAUCAUCGUUUCAACAAUUUGGAUUGGUUCUGUAGCACAAAAAAUUACUAAAACAGCUGCCGGAGUAACUGAAGAAUAAACAUUGGUAAUAUAACUCAGUUUUUAAAGUGCGCCCCAUGUACAGAGGCUACAGUCCUCGUCUCAGGGGUCGCUGGUUCAACUCCUGGCUCGACCCUUUCCUGGAUGUCUCCCUCCCGCCCUUCACUCUUGAUGUUUCUUUCAGAAGUCUCAUCAUUGGGGCACUGGUUUGGCUCAGUUGUUAGAGCAGACCAUGCACAGAGACUGUAGUCCUCGUGGCACUAAUUACAUCAGUUUCUGCAGUAGCUGAGAAACCUGGGUCCAAGAGGAGGACUUGUUUGUUUUGCUGGGAAACAUUCUCAGCUGGUUGCAUUUCUCACUUGUUUACCAACUUAUAUUUGGUCUUGUUGAGAUAAGCUGCUGCCAACUCUGUUUUCCACGUUGAUCAGGACUCAGGAAAUGAGUUGUUUGUUCAGCACAGAAAGUAUUUUCCAUUCGGAUCUAUCUUUAAGUCUCCAGAGCAGCACUGAGCGUUGUUUAACGAUCAUCAGAGGGUUACAGUUCUGACCUUUACACAUGAGAGGCUCAAACUGGAGCUGCACAACAGCAUGCUUCUAAAUCUACGGGCUACGAUAUUCCUAAUGUUUACACUCCACAUGUGGCAUUGGCGUAACGUGUAAUCAAAUUCACUACAAACCUUAAGUAUCUCAGAAACGUUGUGACUUCUUGUACUGUACAGAGCAGGUGGUCUGGAGUAUGGCUUUGGUUUUACACUGCCACUUUAAUGAGCGUUACAGUUUGGGCUGAAGAGGCUCAGAGGGAGCUUCAUGUGUCGUUUAUACUCUCUUGCACUCGUCUUAUUUUUCCAGAAGAAACACCAAGCAACGCUUAAAGCGCAACUCCAUGAAAUGAACAACGCACAUGUGCCUUCUGCAUCCUCCGUUACCGGGGACUCGAUUAAAAAAAAAAGCACAAAAUGCAAGACUUUGUUACAUUGCCAGCAACUGACCAAAUCUGCUGUGUUUGAUUUUCCUCUGCUGAAGCAGACUUUGUGUUCAUGAGUUUCUUUUCAGUUCCUCGACGUGAGAAACGAGCCUCAAAGCUGAUCUGAUCUCCUGAUGUUUGAAUGCAGAAUGAAGAGGUUUGCUUUGGUGGAGUUCAGAUUGUCUGUGUUACUUAUUCCUUUGACAGUUUGGGAGAUUAAGUCAUGAUAAUAAAGAUGAUGUCCAGGGGUCUAA